CACUGUUAAAAAUGGAAGGAAGACUACUCACAGACCUACAGUCUAAAGAAAAAGAAAUAGAGGAAUUAACAAAAAAUGUACGCAUAAGAGAAGAAAUAGAAUCGACUUUAGUUAAAGACUUGCAUCUGAUGGAGAACAGGUAUAAUCAUAUGCACAAUAAUUGUGCAAAUUUGGAGAACAAAUUAAAGGCGGCGCAAACUGAUAACUUAAAUCUCGAGAAAUUUCUCAAUGAUGUGCAGCAAUACGAUGAGAAGAAAGUGUUUGAAUUGAACAGAAAAAUUAGAGUUCUAAAACUGGAGAUGGAACGAAUAAGCUUGGAGAAAAGUUUGAUCGCGCAGAUCGAAAAUUAUCAUAAGUCACGAGAAGAGAAACAUAAGAUGAAAAUAGAAAAGCUAAUAGGAAAUUACGAUGUUCAAUUAACGGAGAUGAGGAAAAUCAAAACGCAAAUUUCUACUCGGAUAGAAUCACCGGAUGAACGUAAGACUGAAAUGGAAAAAUUAAAGAAAGAUCUCGACACUAAAUUGACGACGGUGAACGAACAAAAUGGAAUUACCCAAGAAAAAGAAUCUUUUGAAAAGUUGCAGAAAUAUUUACAGGAAAGAAAGGAAAGACACAAAGUAGAAGAUGCGCGAAUUGAACAAGCAAUGCAAGGCAUCGAAGAUCUUGGAAAAUAUUUAAAAGAACGUGAUGAAAUUCUAUUUAAAAAAAAAAAAGAAGUACUUGAGAAGCAGCGGGAAGAUACAGAAAAAACAACAGUUGAUCGCAAAUAUGACGAUAGGCAAAAGGACGAAGGUUUUAAGAGUGUCGAAAAGUGUCAAGAAGGAAAGAAAACAGACCAAAGUAGACAGGAGAAAGGACUCGAUAAACUAUCGAAGAACGUAAAUGAAAAGGAAGAAAAUGAAAAUGUAGCUAAGACGAGAAAGGACGCCAAAGUAGUAAAAGUACGGAGUGUAUCAGAAAUUGAAUUUGAUAAUUUACUAAACAAUAUAAAAGAAAAAGAUAAAAAUAAACUGAUAAAAGAUAGUUCUGCCAAAACAAAAGGAGCCGUAACGGAAAAAGCUAAACCAGUUACGACGGAGACAAUUAAAGAGACGGGAAAUCAAAUGGAAAUAGACGAAGACGCUUCAAAAAAUUUAUUUCCUGAUGUAAGCAAAGAAGUGAGUUCGCAGCAGAUAAUGAGAGACGAUGAGUACGAUUUCAUUUUUCAAGUUGAAAGGACAUAUUUACAAAGUGAACAAAAAGCAAGAAUAUCGAAUAAAAAUACAUUCAGUCAGUUUGAUGCCCGGAUUGAAAAAAUAAAAGGAACAAAUGAGGAUAAAAAUGAUUUAUCGCCGAAGAAAAUAUUUACGACCGGGAUAAGGCAUUACUCAAGACCAAAAUUGCAACUGCGAAAAUGGUGAAGAUUGUAAGCAGCAACAUAGAAAGAUACAGAAGUGACCGAGAUACAUACGACCUCAGAAAUCUUCACGCUCAUUUAAAAUGUAUCUUUUUCAUUUACUCCUAUCGUUCGUUAGUGACUGGUGAUCGAAUUAUACGUACUAUU